GAUUUAUAUAUUAUAUGCAUUAUACUAUUCCUACUAUUGUGUUUGAAACUCUGUUAUAACUUUACGUUAUGAUAGCAGUUUGUUCUUUAUGCAAGUUCUGUCUAGUCUUCAGAAAAGGCCAUUACAGCAACCUACUGGAUGUUAUUAACUUGUCUGAAACUGAGAGUAUGUCCUUGAACCAGUCUGUGAUGGAUACCGCUAGAGGGAUCACUGAACAAAAUGUGCUGCACCUUGGAAUGGAAUGACAUGUUUAUCCUUUCUGGGGUGGAAUGCAAUGUGCUUGUGGCAUUUACCCCAGGCUCCUGUACUUUGGAGGAAAGAAUGCAUGGAAACAUGCACUGCUGGCUAUGUAACAGCACUUCACAGGAACAAGUGGCCUCCUCUGAAAGAUUACUGGGGUAAAAGCCUUGUGAGGAUCUCCAGAGCUGCAGGAUUUGGUGUCUCCAUCCACAUGUGCUUCUCGGUCUUUACAGUCACAUGGAGGAGGUCUAAAGAGAGAUCCAGAAUAAUCAUGUGGCAGAUUUUGUGCACUAAUGUUUUGGUAGGAGUUGUCCCCCGGACUCCAGUUUACCAGAGCAUGGAGGUAUCAAAAAGGAGGAUGAUGGUGCUUUGUUUUCUGAGCAGAACACUGCAGCUAGCAAGAUAUUCAUCCAGUCCACUGGGGAGGCAACUCUGCUCAACCAGUGCAAAGAAGCCUGUGCUGACUUUAUUCACCAAGAAACCAUGCCCUCUGUGUGAUGAAGCAAAAGAAGUCCUUGAGCCAUAUAAGAGAAAGUUUAUUUUGCAGGAGGUAGAUAUUACACUUCCAGAGAACUCGGCAUGGAAUGAUAAAUACAAAUAUGACAUACCUGUUUUUCAUUUAAAUGGGAAGUUCCUAAUGAAGCAUCGAGUGGACAUUAAAAAGUUUGAGGACCAACUUAAGAAACUGGAGUUGCAAAAAUGAUGAAAACCAGUGAAGAAAAUGCAGCUGCUUUGGUAUGGAUCUGAAAGGCCUGUGCAAAACGUACUGUGCACUGUGUGGAAAACCAGUAUGCAUUAUCUAGCCUUGUGUUUUCUGGAACAUACAGUGUCAGUGUGCAAAAAACUUGAGUGAUUUGUGUUCUAUUUUGUAUUAAUCACCCAGCCCAGCUGCACUGGUAGCUCAUUUGCUGCUCUCCUGGGCAGGCUUUGCACUGACAGAAUAAAUGCUGCUCCAUAACAACAGAUAAA